AAAGAGACGCGACAAGGGAGCUGCUGCGCUAUAACCAAAAACCAAAUAUGCUUAAGCUUGGCCCCGCAUCCACGCGUUGCUGUCACGCCUUCGCAUCCAUGGCUUGCAUCCCUGCCUCGGCGCGCCUAAGCAGCGCCGCGUCAAUUCCACGCACCUCCUACAUUCCGCACCGUGUAAUUCAGACGCAGCGACCGUCACACCGCUUCUCGCAGUUUCGGCGACAGCAGCGUCCAUUGGACUACUCGUUCUCCCGGGGGUUCGCUGCCGCCGCAGCUGCAGCAAGCGAUGGCGCCGCUGCGGCGACGUUGGUGGACCGCAUCAAAGCGGACAUGAAAACCGCCAUGAAAGCAAAAGACCAGCCCCGUCUAGAGGCCAUUCGCUUCCUGAACGCGGCCAUCAAGCAACGAGAGAUUGAGCUGCGUGAGGGCGGCGGGGCGGUCACCGACCAAGAGGUGGUCAAGGUUAUUCAGAAGCUGGUGAAACAGCGGCGGGACUCCAUCGAGUCCUACCGCUCCGGCGGGCGGGAGGACCUGGUGGCCAAGGAGCAGAGCGAGUUGUCGCUGCUGGAGGGCUACCUGCCAGCCAUGAUGGGCGCCGCGGAGGUGGAGCAGCUUGUGGAGCAGGUGAUUGCUGAGCUGGGGCUGUCGGGGCCCAAGGCCAUGGGCCCGGUGAUGAAGGCGGUGAUGGCGCGAGCGGGCGGGAGGGCGGACAGCAAGACGGUGUCGGAUGCGGCCAAGGCCAGGCUGGCUGGCGGGGGGAAGUGAGGGGGAAAAGAAAAAUAGGAGAGGCAGAGCGGAAAGGCUGGAGGGCGUACCCACUGACCUCGAGACCAGGCACGUUUUGUUUUUUCUGGUGCUCAUGGUGUUUGACAUAGCUGCUGGUGGUGGUGGUUUUGCUGCAUGCCAAUCGGAGGGGUGUUUUUUGACGUGAUGUUGCGUUCGGGGCCAUCAGAGACAUGGUGAUGGAUGCGGCGCGGCGUGGGGAGCCGGGAAGAAGGUUGCCUUGAGGGUUAGUCUGCUCCGCCGUACAACAGUACCUUGCCGUAUCUGAGACGAUUCCACUGACCGUUCAAGGAAACUGGGCGGAAGUUUCUGUCCAAAUAGCGCAGCCGAAAACAUAAAGCUAGGUUGUUAUGGGUGCUGCAGCCUGUUAGCCUGCUUGACAAGUUGUUCAUCGAUUUGUCCUUGCCUAGUUAAACGCUGUCUUUUAGGUACUAGUUGUGGUAAACCUGUCAUAGAUUGCUUUUAUUAGCAAGGACCAAAAUAAGGGAAAGUCAGUAGGACGUAAUGGAGCGCGUUGCGGACGUCCCUGCCCAUAAUGAGCCCAACAGAGACCCGUCAGACUUCGCCUUAACAAAUAAGAACCUAGUGUGCUGCUAUGUUUGUCGAUUAAUCAAGUCGCGCAACCAGUUCCAUGAAAUGGGAUGUGACAACUGCAAGAACAUCUUCGGACCUAGCAUAUCUUUCGAGGACUUCACAACGCCAAACUUCUCUGGAAUGAUCUCGAUCAUGGACCCCAAGGCAAGCUGGGCGUGCAAAUGGCUACAUCUCGGCAAGUACGUGCCAGGAUGCUAUGCCAUGGCAGUCAACGACGAUGUCCCAGAAGACUUGCAGGACAUUCUGGAGAACAAGGGCAUCAAGGUCAGACAUGGGUGACACCACAGCUAUGCAAAGUGCAGCGGCCAUAGCAAGAGGGGUAGGGGCUGCCUGGAAGGCAUGCUGGUGGCCCGGGCCCAAAAUGAGUUGUGCUAUGGAUGGAUCGUGGACGCAACAGCAGCAGCAGCUUUUGGGUGAGGUUGAGGGCGAACUUGGGAGUGCGUCGGCGUUUAGGUUUGCGUUAGGGAGUCGUACAAGAGGAGUUAGGAAGUCGUAUAAGAAUAGGGGCACGGGGGGUGUUAAGGAGGCAUGCAUGCAUGCUGUGAGGUUAUGGAUAUCACAAGGCGGAUUACGAUUGUGGCUCCCCGCUUCACCCAGGAGUUGCUGCUGUGUCUGCUGAUCCCUUUUGAUGUUCGCGGCAUGAAGCCGUAAGAUACAAUACACUUGACACGUCGACAGCAUGUGAAUACUUGACGGCAAUGGCGGGGUGUGCGCUUCCAUUUGUACGGCGGCGAAACCCUUAUUAACCCUAUGUUGCACGAGUGAGUGUGAGGUUGGUUUGGUACCUGCCGCGGCGCUUGCCCUUGCAUGGGGCACGUCCUCAGGCGCGGUGUGUUAAAAUAACUGGCCGCGAGGCGAAACCGCGAGGCGCGGUGUGUGUUAAAAUAACUGGCCGCGAGGCGAAACGUACUAUGUUAAAAUAACUGGCCGCGAGUAGGAACAUACUGGGAUGUCGGAAGAUCACACACGUACUGUGUGUGUGUCAAGAAAACUGGCCGUAUGUGUGUGCGCUGGCUGAAGGAGGUCUCCCUUGGGAUGCUUCGGUGUGGUGGAUCAAGCUGUUCCUUGCAGUUGUGCAGGGACAUGCAAAUGCAGGGAGGCGAGAAGGGAUGGCACUUCAUAUGUUUAUCAGGCUUUGCCUCCCUGCGCAGUGGCGUUCAGUUAGAUACGGUGUGGGAGGAGGAGUUCUAGGGUUAGCCCACCUGUCGCCUGCAGCUGCAAUAUCGGUAAUUACGAGCCCCAUGGUUGGC